GGUGAGGUUAAGGCAUCACAACUUUCCCCACCGCUGAUUAACAUGUUUAUUCCAAACCAUUGAAAAACAUCCUUGGUUGGUGACACCUCAGCCAAGCCAGCUCAGUUUUCAGCAAAAAUUUGACAAGUGCGAGAUCCACCCAUUUCGUCCGACAAGUUUCUCUAGUCGUUGAGCGCCACAGUUUUACUUAUCUGAGAGGCCAAGGGGAGAGAGAGAGAGAGAGAGAGAGGGAGAGAGACCUUCACUUUUAGUUUUAGCAGAGACAUUGGACAUAGUUGAACUGGAGCUUCAGCAUUUUCGUUGAUGACAUUUGAGCUGAGUUCAUGGUGAAGCUGUCGUAAGUGAUCAGUCGAUGGGUUUUUACAUCUCAUUAUUUCUUUGUCUGGUGCCUCUUACUGCAAUUUUGGCUCUAGAGAUUGAAGAUGCAAAAUUUGUAGUCAAUGGAACUGCAACAGUUGCUGAUACAGAUGCUAAUUUUGUGUGUGCUACUAUUGAUUGGUGGCCUCAAGAUAAGUGUAACUUCAACCAAUGCCCAUGGGGAUCUUCAUCUGCGAUAAAUCUAGACUUAUCUCAUCCCAUACUUGCCAAGGCUAUCCAAGCAUUCAAUCGUUUGAGAAUAAGAGUAGGAGGGUCUUUGCAAGACCAAGUACUGUACGAUGUGGGAAAUUUGCAGUCUCCUUGCCAUCCAUUUAUGAAGGUGAAAAAUGGAUUAUUUGGAUUUUCUAAGGGAUGCUUGCAUAUGAAUAGAUGGGAUGAGCUGAACCAUUUCUUCAGGAAGACAGGAGCACUUGUGACAUUUGGCUUGAAUGCACUAUAUGGGAGGCACCAAAUUGGAAGGGGAGUUUGGGGAGGAAAUUGGAAUUCCAGUAAUGCCCAUGACUUCAUAAAAUACACCAUUUCCAAGGGGUACCAGAUAGAUUCAUGGGAAUUCGGGAACGAGUUAAGUGGCCGUGGGAUUGGUGCAAGUGUUGGUGCUGAACUGUAUGCGAAAGAUUUAAUCAGCCUUAGGACAAUCCUUGAUGAGUUGUAUCGGAACUUCCGCCCAGAACCUUUACUCAUAGCACCAGGAGGAUUCUAUGAAAAGGAGUGGUAUGCGAAGCUCCUUAAGGUUUCAGGUUCACUUGUAGUCAAUGCCAUGACACAUCAUAUAUACAACUUGGGUUCAGGUAAUGAUCCUAAUCUGGUGUGUAAAAUUCUAGAUCCCCAUCACUUGAGUCGGAUCUCAGACACAUUCCAGAGUCUUAAACAAAACAUCCAAAUGAAUGGUCCAUGGGCUUCUGCUUGGGUUGGAGAAGCUGGGGGUGCCUAUAACAGUGGCGGUCGUCAUGUGUCUGACACCUUCGUGAACAGCUUUUGGUACUUAGAUCAGCUUGGAAUGGCAGCAAAGUACAAUACCAAAGUAUAUUGCAGGCAGACUUUAAUUGGUGGAAACUAUGCUCUCCUGAACAAAACUACAUUUGUCCCCAACCCUGAUUACUACAGUUCACUUCUAUGGCAUCGUCUUAUGGGAAAAGGAGUUCUUGCUGUUGAUAGCAAUGCAUCGCCCUAUUUGCGCUUCUAUGCCCAUUGUUCAAAAGGCAGGGCUGGUGUAAGUUUCCUUCUGAUCAAUUUAAGCAACCAGACUCACUUCAAAAUCAAUGUUCAAACUAUCAUGGACAUCAACUUGCACCAGCAAGAGGGUACCAGAGAGACAAAAAGGUCUUUUGUGGACAGUCUUAAGGAAACGGUUUCCUGGGUUGGAAGCAAAUCAUCAGACAAAGCAUUAUUCCGAGAAGAGUACCAUCUAACUCCAAGUGAUGGGAAUCUUCGAAGCAAAAUCAUGCUUCUCAAUGGUGUACCGUUGCAGCUUACAGAUGGCGGAGACAUCCCAAGCAUGCGCCCCGUCUUUCUCGAUGUAAAUUCUCGAAUUUCCAUUGCUCCUUUAUCAAUCAAGUUCGUAUUGCUCCCCAACUUUGAUGCUCCUGCUUGUGACUUGUAAGUGAUGCUGCAUCAUGCAAACUUAGUAUGCGAAUGUUGUGUGUGAUGUGUUGUACUGGCCAAAUGAUAAGUUUAUAGCAAUUGUAAGCUGUGUGUAAUCCUAGGGAGUUAAACAUUUACAAGCUGUAUCUAAUGGGAAUAAAAGAUGCUAUUUAUCAGUAGUUUGUAAUUAUUUUAUGCUUAUGAAAGGUAGCUAUUUUUGUUCAUUAAUAAAUAGCAAAGCCC